UGUACUGCCAACUGUCAGUCGUCGACGGUCGCUCCGCGGAUUAGCAUGAGAGUCGAUCGCGCACGAUCGGUCGCUUUCGCGUGAUUCCGCCGCCGUGGCCGUGGUUGCGCCGACGCGCUUCAUCCGUCAGCCUCCACCGAUCAGCCGACGGGAGUCAUAACACGCUCGGACACGGACGUGCGCGCUCUCCUUCCUUAUCUUAGUCUCCGUCUCUGUCCCUCUGAUUCGGCGAUAGGACUCUGGGCUGUAUCGGACGAGACACGUCCGCGGACACGUAAGAUGCGUUCCAUCACCGGAGACUCGUGUCGGGUCCGAUCUUCGCGAGCAAACUGACGUGACGUGACGUGACGUGACGCGGAGUGCAGAGUUCUCGAUCUCGCGCCGACGACCGCGCGAUCAUCGUCGUCUCGUCGUGUUGUUCUCGUAGUUGUUACGUUGUUGUCAUCGUCGUCGGCCGUUGUGAAGAUGCCCGCACAGCUCAGCAAAUUCUCGUUCGAUGCGCCCUGCAUGGAUUACACUCAUCCGUGGACGGACUCGUGCAUCAGCUCGACCGCGGGCCUCGGUUUGCACUCUCUGCAGGAAUCACUGAGGAUAUACACGACCGUUUACGUAAUUGCACUUUUGAUGAGAGGAAAAAUACCAUCAAGGGAAGACAUCAAAAAAACUAUAUUGGGUAUUCUUCAAUCUACAGCCUUCCUUUCCUGGAGCGGUUUUGCCUACUCUUUAUUUAUUUGUCUAUUAAGGCGAUUAUUAGGACGUUUCUAUUUCCCGACCGUGUCUUUUGUUCCGUCCUUCCUAUCUAGCUUAUCUGCCAUUUUGAUAGAAAGGUCUUCUAGACGCACAUUACUAUGUCUUUAUGUAUCAAAUAUUGCGACAGAAACGUUGUUCAGGAUGGGUGUGUGGCGGGGCUAUAUCUCUCCUAUACCGAAAGGAGAGGUCUACAUUUUUGCCGCGAGCGUAGCUGUAUUACUAUACUUUUUCCGGUCAAAAAUGAACAAGCAGGAUCAGAUAUAUAAGAUAUUAAGGUUUAUUAUUGGACAAUAUGAAGAGACUGAAUAUCUUGUAAAGAGAAAUUUGUCUUCCAAACCGUCUUCAGAAAAUGUCGACAGAAAAAAAGAACCGAAAAAAUCUGAAAAACGUCAAUUUACUCUUUUACGUAAAUCUUUCGAAGCAUACAAGAAUAUCAUUAAUACCUUGAAGGCACAGAGUAGGCAUCCUUCUUGUCCACAUCCUUAUAGUUGCGCACACUAUAUUUUAAUGGAUAGUGCAAGACUAUUCAGUUAUGGUGUUUGCGGGCAAGUAGCGCUUAAACUAAUCUUGCAAGUUAAAGGAUUAUUGCAGAAGCCGAAGUUAUUAAAAAGCACUAUCUUCCAAAAAGAAAAUUUGAAUCUGGGUGUGUGCCUCGGAGGAUUUGCUGGUCUUUAUAGGCUAGUAUCAUGCUUGUUGAGAAGAACUUUCUACAGGGACUCGCAUCUUUUUGCUAUUCCUGCUGGACUUGUCGCGAGCAUGGCGUUUACAGCAUAUCCCAAUAAUACUGUAGCGUUAUAUUUUAUGUGGAAAGCGUUACAGUUAUUAUGGAAUGAUGCGGUAGAAAAUAAGAAAGUACCUAAAGUAACAUGGUUCGCGAUCUUAUUGUAUUGCUUUAGCACGGCCCUUCUAUUUCACGUAGCUAUAAUCGAACCACAAAACCUGAGAUCGUCUUACUGGAGGUUCCUUUACAAUAUGUCAGGUGGAAGAAUAGCAGUAAUGUCCCGGGAACUCUUGGACGUGUUUGGAUUAGAAACUAGCAAGAAUUUGCAAAAUGUGCUUAUGAGGACUAAGACCACGGACAAGAUUACCUUCUCAUUCUAGAAUGCCAAUCGUAACCAGAAGAAAUCAUCAUGUACUUUAGUUUUUAUUUCGAUUGUGUAUUUCGCAAUACCAAAGAAAACGAACAGAAGUACAGUAUGUACAUUUAUACUUGCAUAAAAGUCUAAAUUGAACGCGGUAGGCAGUGAAACGUGAAAGAGCACGUCAUGAUAUAUAUAUAAUGAUCGAAAUAUUAUUAAUUUUCCUUUUGUUUUUGUGAAAUCUAAUUCAAAGCACUGGUGCUUGGAUAAUGUGAUAUUAAACAAACUUAAUACUUUUAUAUGUAGAAAUAAUUCAUGUAACUUAAUAUAUUUAACACAUUCGCAGCCGUUGAAAAAUGAAAGUGUUAAUUAUUACACAACGUGAUAAUCCUAAGAGAUAGGGCAGGGGGGAAUAGAUAAAUGAUAUUUAUAUAUGCAUAUGGUUAAUAUCGAUAGUACGUUCGUGUAAAUACAUUAGGAUGCAUGAGAAGGGCACUUUUCAUUUCUGCAAUACAUUAUCAUAGAGCAGUUAUUUUUUUACAUUUAUUGCAAGUUUCAUAUUUAUCAUUUACAAUGUAAAUAUGAUUAAAAUAAAGGAGCGGGUUUAUUUUAUAUCAUAAAUGCAUAUACCUGAAUUGUUGAAAUAUAGAAGCAAUUUGUGAUAAACGG